CCUGCGUACCACAGUCCUGGUGUCCACGUUUUUAACAGAAGCUGCAGCUCUACAGAGACAAGCAAGGGCUGACCAUUUGGUAUUGGACAAGUCCUUGUUCACCUGAUUAGUGCUGUCUUCCUGCUUGAGAAUGGCCUCAGCUGCUCAUUCACGUGAUCCCAGUUUGGAUGCUGAAUGGGAGGAAUGGAAGAAGAAAUUUGAAAAAACCUACAGCCCGGAUGAAGAAGGACACCGAAGAGCACUGUGGGAAGAAAAUAAGAAAAUUAUCGAGAAGCACAAUGCAGAGUACGAACAGGGCAAGACCACCUACACUAUGGGCCUGAACCAAUUUAGUGACAUGACCGAUACAGAAUUCAAGAAAAAGAUGACUGGCUUUCAACGGCAGAGGAUCAAGAAGAGACACACAUUUCAGGAUCAUCUCUUUCUGUCUGUCCCCAAAUCUGUGGAUUGGAGGGAACGAGGCUUCGUGACCCCUGUGAAGAACCAGGGUCACUGUGCUUCUAGUUGGGCUUUUAGUGCCACUGGAGCCCUAGAAGGACAAAUGUUCAGGAAAACAGGGAGACUGAUCCCGCUGAGUGAGCAGAACCUGCUGGACUGCAUGGACUUUAAUGUUACCCAUGGCUGCAGGGGUGGCUUCAUGCAGCGUGCCUUCCAGUAUGUGAAGGACAGCGGCGGCCUGGCUACUGAGAAGUCCUAUCCUUACAAAGGGUUGGGUGGAGAGUGCAGGUUCCAUGCUGGGAUCUCUGCAGCUAAUGUUAGCGACUUUGUGCAAGUCCCAGGAUGUGAGAAAGCCCUUAUGAAGGCAGUGGCUAAGGUGGGGCCCAUCUCUGUGGCAGUUGAUGCCAGCCAUAGCUCCUUCCGGUUCUAUGAGAAUGGCACUUAUUAUGAGCCACAGUGCAGAAGGGUUCACCUAAAUCAUGCUGUUCUGGUGGUCGGCUAUGGCUUUGAAGGAGAAGAGUCAAAUGGCAACAGCUACUGGCUGGUCAAGAACAGCUGGGGUGAAGAAUGGGGCAUGAGAGGCUACGUGAAGAUGGCCAAGGACUGGAACAACAACUGCGGAAUCGCUACCUAUGCCACCUACCCCAUCGUGUGA